AUGGUACGUCUUCCGCCAUUUUCGUCCCAUUGUCGCUUGAUCUCAAUCAGAAGGUUCAGAGUGUCGCUUUCGGACGGAGAAGAGCCCACUUCCCCAGUUGAAGAGGUCGCCGCGGCCGACGAGGUCGAAGUCUCUGGCGAUGCUGGCGCCUCCGGUGGUUCCAUGUCUGUCCUCGACGCCUUGAAAGGUGUCCUCAAACUCGCCCUCAUCCACGACGGCCUUGCCCGCGGCCUGCGCGAAGCCUCAAAAGCCCUCGACCGGCGCCAGGCGCACAUGUGCGUCCUCAACGAAGCCUGCGAGGAAGAAGCGUACAAGAAGCUCGUCAUCGCGCUGUGCUCGGAGCACAAGAUCCCCCUGAUCAAGGUGCCCGACGGGAAGAUGCUGGGCGAGUGGGCUGGUUUGUGCGUCCUCGACCGUGAGGGCAACGCCCGGAAGGUCGUCAACUGCUCAUGCGUCGUCGUGCGCGACUGGGGUGAAGAGAGCCAGGAGCGCAACGUCCUCUUGAAUUACUUCCAGACCGAGCAGUAG